AUUGCCCAUGGCUGAUACAGGUAGCGAGGGCAAGAUCCUGAAGAGAGAGGUGGAGUACGAACUCAUCACCAUCCCAAAGAACCUGUUGAAGCGGAGUCGUCAGAUCGCCCAGCUGUAUGGACCUCCUACCAACAGCCAUUCCCGCGAGAACAUCAAUGGCUUUUCUCUCCCUGCUUCGAUAUCAACGAGCUCCUACGUUAGUAAGCCCCUCUUCCCCCUGCCGGAAAUUUCCGUCAGCUCAAACUUCGGGGAGGUGUUGUCAGGAGCCUCUAGCCUCGUCGGUGGUGUCGGUAAUACUCUCACCAGCGUGGGAAAGGGCGCGUCUCAAGUCCUCUCUCAAGUAGUACCCGCCGCAGCUGCUGGAGGAAUACAGGCCGCCAGGUGGAUAACGGACAACAAGAAGGAAGGCAUCAGGGCAGCGACUGAAGGACUCCGGUAUGCUGGUCAGCUCAGUGCAGCCGUCCUCAGAGUUCUUCUUCAGGUGCCCAGCAUCAAGGCCCGCGUUCUCUCAGAGCUCCUCCAGGCUAGUCAACCCUUCGCUUAUGCCCUCAGCGACGUCCUUGCCGAGUCUGCUGAUGAUCUUGGUGAUAUCUUUGCGGCAAAGAAUGACAUCUUGAAGGAAGCCUUAGAAAUCUUCAUCCGGCUUAUACAGGACACACUUGCUCUUAAGGGACGAAUUCUCGCUAAAAUUGGUGCUUCUGGACUGGACUUCGGCGCCUCCACCUUCAACGCUGGCCUGAGACUCGGCACCGCGGCUGCCGAGACAUCAGGUUCCGUGAUCUCGGCUCUGAGUAGUGGUGUCGGGGACCUGGUACGUGUUGCCACUACAGCCGACUUCCCCCCGCCACCUGCCAUCUCCUUACCCCAGUUACCUCAGCUUCCCAAAUUUAGUCUUCCCUCACUAGACUUCAGCUUACUCACCUCUUACCCAACCUUGGCGCCUCUCCCACUACCUUCUAAACCUGCCUUGGCGCCUUAUUCACUACCGACCAAACCCACACUGUCACCCACAUCCUACAAACCAACUUCCCCAUCACAGUUAUACGGCCUACCAAGUCGUUAAGUUGGCCAUCCAAUUUUAAGCAACACUGUGGAGCUAUCGAAAAUUUUCCUUUCAUAAAUUACUGGAAAAAAUGAAAAAUUAUCGGUAUGCUCUAUGUUGUGGUAGACCACUAGCGUAUUAUAGUAGUAGUUUACCUUGACUGUCAGGUUUACCGCUGGUUUGUUAAGUUUACCAUGUUCUAAAUUAUCUUCUUUCCUUCCUGCGACAACCAGACUAAUGUGCCGCCGCUACUUUAGUUACCGCUGGCAGAUGUGUUGUGCCUUUGCCUGCAGUAUCUAUGGCGGCCCCUAUAAGUCGUCUUUUCUGCUAAAGACAAAACCCUCGGGUAGUUCUCGCCUCUUAGUACGUCCAGUCAGUAUAUAUUAGUUUCAAAAGCUGUGUAAUGUAUAGUUGAUAUACAGUAUAUUUUUGUAUCGCAUGGGUGAAAAAUAAUACCAAUAAAAGAUUAUAUACACUUAACGGGUUAAUAUAUGGAAAGCAGAAAGUAUUUAUCUCUGGCAAAAUAUAUUGUUUUUGUUUGCUUAAAUUUUUUUUAUCUUCAAACCGUUUAAUAUAGAGUAGUUGUGUGUUCGUUUGUCACACUCGGCUAGGCUACACGUACUCAGUGAGAGGUAAACAUACGAACACCAAACUCAAUCUGUAAGAGAAAAUGUCACUUCUUAAUCUUUAAAUAUUGAUGACCAGAGUAUGUGCAGUGUUAACUUACUGACUACGCCAUUAAACAGCUUAGUUGUUGAAGCUCAGUAAUACAUUAUAACAUCAACAAGACCUUAGUUGUUGAAGCUCAGUAAUACAUUAUA